AUGCAUACAAUCACGAGUAGGACGCACACCGCUGGCCGCUCGUUUGUCACCAAUGAGAGAGCAGCAGAAGCAGCGAAUGUGUCUUUUUUUAGAUGCGUCUCGUGUGUGUCGCAUCUCGUGAGCGAGGCAUUCAUCCACAGCUCUCCUCGAUCAUUUGUACCGACCGCCUGCCUGAUGCUGUUUCGUCCAAGCGAGAGUUCCACCGCCGGCGGUGGGUCCGCCCCCGCCCGCCGCCAGAACGUCCGAUUUCGAGGGCAAGGCAAUGCUCACGUGUACUUGUGUGCACGGGUUUGGCCGAACAGCCCAGCCACGUUCGGGUAGGGGAAAGAAAACCCGGGUAUCCCUCCGGGUGGCGAGUAGCCAAGAUCGGGUGC